AGAGAGAGAGAGAGAGCAGAGAGAAAAAGAGAGAGAGAGAGCAGUGAGAGAGAGAAAGGAGAGAGAGAGCAGCGAGAGAGAGAGAGAGCAGCAGAGGCAUCAGCGUACUGACAGUAUUCCAGCACUGCAGAUCUGUCUGCUGCUCGCCCUCUGCAGGCUAAACCCAGAAGGAAGAGGAGAGCAGGACUAGCUUCUAGCCGUCUUCCCAUUCUCACAGACACCGAGGGGAGAAGAUACCUGGCGUUUCAUCGGAGUCAGAGCAGCAUCCCGCCGUGAUGAGGAUGCUGAAGGCAGGGAGCUAGUGCCCAACCCCCCCCCUCACCAAAGAGGGAGACCCAAGGCUGGAGGGCCUGACGGCUGGUGCCAGACCCGGUGACCCCGGCCCUGACGUAGGGUGAGGGAGAGGGGCGUCAGCCGCAGCGCCUGGAGGGAGACCAUGGGGGACGGGGGAGACAACGGGGGAGGGGUGGGCGGAGAUGGGGUGAACCCCUCUCACGUCCUGUUUGACCGCUUCGUCCAAGCGUCGACUUGCAAGGGCACGUUGAAGGCCUUCCAGGAGCUCUGCGACCACCUGGAGCUCAAGCCCUGCGAGUACCGUGUCUUCUACCACAAGCUGAAGUCCAAGCUCAACUACUGGAAGGCCAAGGCCCUGUGGGCCAAGCUGGACAAGAGGGCCAAUCAAAAGGAAUACAAGAAAGGCAGAGCAUGUGCCAACUCAAAGUGUGUGAUCAUUGGUGCGGGGCCCUGCGGUCUACGGACAGCCAUCGAGCUGGGGUUCCUCGGGGCCAAGGUGGUGCUGCUGGAGAAGAGAGACGCUUUCUCCAGGAACAACGUGCUCCACCUCUGGCCCUUCACCAUCCAGGACCUCCGGGGUCUCGGAGCCAAGAAGUUCCACGGCAAGUUCUGUGCCGGGGCCAUCGACCAUAUCAGUAUCCGGCAGCUGCAGCUGAUGCUGUUGAAGGUGGCUCUGCUGCUUGGCAUAGAAAUCCACGUCAACGUCGAGUUCAAGGGUCUGAUCGAGCCGCCCGAAGAUCAGGAGAACGAGAGGAUAGGCUGGAGGGCAGAGGUCCACCCCAGGACACACCCUGUCAAUGAGUUGGAGUUUGAUGUGAUCAUCGGGGCCGACGGCAGGAGGAACACUCUAGCAGGGUUCCGCAGGAAAGAGUUCCGGGGGAAACUAGCCAUCGCCAUAACGGCCAACUUCAUCAACAGGAACACCACGGCUGAGGCCAGUGUGGAGGAGAUCAGUGGAGUGGCGUUUAUCUUCAAUCAGAAGUUCUUCCAGGACCUCAGAGAGGCCACUGGAAUUGACCUGGAGAACAUAGUCUACUACAAGGAUGACACACACUACUUUGUGAUGACCGCCAAAAAACAGAGCCUGCUGGAGAAAGGAGUCAUUCUGCAUGACUACGCUGACACAGAGAUGCUGCUGUCCCGGGCCAACGUCGACCAGACUGCCCUGCUCUCCUACGCCCGAGAGGCCGCCGACUUCUCCACCAAUCAGCAGCUGCCCACGCUGGACUUUGCCAUCAACCACUACGGCCAGCCCGACGUGGCCAUGUUCGACUUCACGUGCAUGUACGCCUCGGAGAACGCCGCGCUGGUCCGCCAGAGACACGGCCACCAGCUGCUGGUGGCGCUGGUGGGAGACAGCCUGCUGGAGCCCUUCUGGCCGAUGGGCACUGGGAUUGCUAGAGGUUUCCUGGCGGCGAUGGACUCUGCCUGGAUGGUGCGCAGCUGGGCACAGGGAAACACAACUCUGCAGGUGCUGGCUGAGAGAGAGAGCAUUUACCGCCUGCUUCCUCAGACCACGCCAGAGAACGUCAGUAAGAACUUCAGUCACUACAGCGUGAACCCCACCACUCGCUACCCUAACAUCUGCCUCAACUUUCUCAGGCCCAACCAGGUACGACACCUGGUUGACACCGGGGAGCAGACGGACAUGCGUAUUGAGAUGGAGAAUGUCGUUAACUCAUCCACGCCCAAACUAACCCGGAAUGACCAUUGCCUGCUUGACAAGCAGUUGCAAGAGUCCGUCGCUCGCUCCAGCAAGCUGCUCAACUGGUGCCAGAGGCAGACUGACGGCUACAGGAGCGUCAGCGUGACAGACCUGACCAUGUCCUGGAAGAGCGGCCUGGCCCUGUGCGCUCUCAUCCACCGCUACAGACCCGACCUCAUUGAUUUUGACUCCCUGGCGGAGCGAGACCAGGAGAGGAACAACCAGCUUGGCUUCGAUGUGGCCGAGCGAGAGUUUGGCAUCUCACCCUGCAUGACGGGCAAGGAGAUGUCCUCGGUGGUGGAGCCAGACAAGCUGUCCAUGGUCAUGUACCUGAGCCAGUUCUAUGAGAUGUUCAAGGACACAGUGCCCCCUGGAGAAAACCAGAACCUCAGUCCGGAAGAGAAGGCUGCUCUGAUCUCCAGCACCAAGUCUCCUAUUUCCUUCCUCAGCAAGCUGGGCCAGAGCAUUGCCAUCUCGCGCAAACGCAACCCCAAGGACAAGAAGGAGAAGGAAGUGGAUGUUUUGGGCAAGAGGAGGAAGACAAGCCAAGCUGGACACUCUGAAGACGAUGAGGUGUCGAGGGCCAGUCGAGAUGAGAGGCCGUCAGUCUCCAACGCCUUGACGGAAAGGAAGGUCGAAUCUGCUGCCGGGGGCAACCAUAACAAGGUCAAGUCCAUGGCAACCCAGCUGCUGGCCAAGUUUGAGGAGAAUGCACCGGCCCAGUCUUCUGGCCUCAAGAGACAGGGAGACUCUCUGCCCAAUCUGAACCUUUUGCUGCCCCCGGCCCCUUCACCUGCCCCCCUGAAAGAGCCAGUGCGCUUGGCCCCCGUUCCAGCGUGGAGAAAGAAACGCACACAGCAACAGGAGCAGCUGAGCUUCCGCUAUAAGCAGAGGGUGAAGUGUCAGACCCUGCCCAGUCGAGGGGAACAGGCGAAGAGCAACACAGACUCCACCUCGGGCUGUCGGAGCUGCCCUAAGAAAACCAUCCUCCUCUCCUCCUCUUCCUCCGCCUCCUCGCUCUCGCUCCACGCACAGCGGAGUGAUAGCCUAGCAGUCGAGGAGGAGGACCGAGUCCAAGACCGGACGCCUCUGACGCACAGGGACUGGGAGCCACUACAACUGGAGGACCCAGGGCCCAUCCACAUCCCUAGCAUACAGGAGAGGGCUGCGUGCCUCGUCUCUAAGUUUAGAGGCAGGCCUGAAAAGCCCAAGCUUAAGAAAAAGCCGUCUCGCUUCUUCAUAGAACAGUUGCAGCUGAGCCAGAGUCCAGAACCAUCUCUCCCUUCCCCAGAGGCCCUCAAACAGGACCCAGAGCCUUUGCGCUCUGAUGAUCAGGUGCCCAUACAUGUGCCUAGCAUUCAGGAGAGGGCUGAGCAGCUAGCCUCACAGUUUAAAGGCAAGCCGGCUAAACCAAAGCCCUCCAAAAAGCCAUCCCCUUUCUUCAUCCAGCAGUGGCAGCUGUCCAGAGGCCUGGACUCCAGCCCUGACUCCCCACUCCCCUCACCAGAGAGACAGAGAUAUAUAAAGAUGUACACAGGGGGUGUGAGCUCAUUGGCUGAGCAGAUAGCCAAUCAGCUCCAGACCCAGGAGGAGCCCAAGCCCCUUCUUGGCAAGAGGGAACUAGUGGAACUGGGCUCACUGAGGAAGGAGUUUCCCGUGAACAUCGGGGGCAGCGACGUGUGUUUCUUCUGCCGCAAGCGGGUGUACGUGAUGGAGCGGCUCAGUGCGGAGGGCAAGUUCUUCCACCGCAGCUGCUUCAAGUGCGACUACUGCGGAACCACGCUGCGACUCUCCUCGUACGCCUUCGACGUGGAGGACGGGAAGUUCUACUGCAAACCCCACUACUGUUACCGUCUGUCGGGACAGACUCAGAGGAAGAGAUCCGCUCCCACCCCAACAACUCCCAACAAUAAGGACAACCAGGUGUCCCAGCCUUCUCCCGUCACCGUGGACGCCCCGGGGCGUGCGCUAACAGCCGCCACGACCCCCACCCAGCGGCGGCCCUCAGGAGCAGAGGUGAACGGGCUGCAGGAGCCCAGCCUGGCCAAGCGUCUGCGCGGCACGCCGGAGCGCAUCGAGCUGGAGAACUACCGCACGCCCCAGCAGAAGGAGGAGGAGCUGGAGGAGGUGCCCGAGGAGACGCUGGCCGAGCACAACCUGAGCAGCGUCCUGGACAAGGCCACGGACGCCGACCUGCUGGGCUCCAGCAGUAGCUCCGAGUCGGACAUGGGCGACGAGGACGAGGACCAGGACGAGCCGGGGGAGGAGGGGCUCCCCAGCCCCUCUGACCUGGGAGGCGUGCCCUGGAAGGAGGCAGUGGAGCUCCAUGCCCAGCUGAGGACCGACAGCGACCCCGAAGCCGGGAGCCCAGAGAGGGCGCUCGCUGGCCCUGCCAGGGAGGAGGAGCCGGAGGAGGAAUAUGAAGAAGAGGAGGAGGAUGAAGAGGAGGAGGAGGAAGACUCAAGCGAUGAGGGUGAGUAUUGCCCCUGGGAGCACGAGCUGCAGUCAGGUCUGUGGUUGGAGAAGCACCUCGUCGAUGAAGAGGACACUGGUACUUUUAAAGCCAGGAACCUGCAGCUCCAGCAGAUCCUGCAGCCUGUGGACCCUCUGGGGCUCCAGGCAGAGCUGAGUCCCACACCCCUACAGCCUGAGGGGAACACAGAGGGUCAUCCCCCAGCCUCAGCCUCGCAGCCCUCUGGGCUCACCCAGCACUCCUCCACAGCCCCCGCCCGUUCCUCGGCCCGACACGAAGCAGUCAGAGUCUGGUUGGAGUCCAUGUCUGGAGACGCAUGCAAUGAAGAUGACCCAGAUGCUGAAGCGGACAGCCCUGACCUGGAGCCCGGCACAGAGAUGGACCAGGAGGAAAUUCCAUCAGACGCCGAGGCCGAGGCUCGUCUGCACCAAUCAGAGAACUCGGAAGCUCUUCCUGAAGAGGACAGGAAGUCAGAGGCCCGUGGGAUCAUCUCCAGCAUCGAACAAUCCACGGUCAGUCCAGUGAAGGAGGUUGGGCAUGUGGUGCUGAUGCCAGUCAAAGCUCUCUCAGAGAUGGACAAACAGAAGUCUCCAACCGCUCAGCCGUCACCGGUCCAAUCCCCUGGCCCUCGCUUCUUCCCAGAGCCCAAUGGGCCCGAAGAGGUCCAGUCUGAGAGGACGGCACAGGCGGCCAGUCCCAGGAGUCCUCUGGCUCCCUCCCCAUCCGCCAGCCCCAACCUAGUGACCUCCCCCUCCCCUGCUCCCGCCGUCUCCCCCCUCAGAUCCCCUGUCCGCUCCCCCAUCCGCUCCCAGCCCCUCCCCCUCCCGGAGACUGUCCCCGUCAAAUCUCCCGUCCUUCCCUCGCGCUCCUCCUGUCCCCUCACGGGUAACCCCCUGUCCCCCAUCUGUGCCCGGCCCCUCUCCUGCCCGGAGCCCUGCUCCCCCCUCGCUUCCAGCUCCCCCGUACGCUCCCAGCCUGUCCCGGUGGCGGUCACCUCCACCCCCUAUUCCAAGCCCCCCUCUGACUGGUCCACCCCAGAGCUCCAGAAGUCCCUGGACUCCUUCGACGAGACUCCGUCCAAGAAGGCCGACAUCAUUGAGGAGUUCUGGCUGAAGAGCGCCGAGAUCCGGAAGAGCCUGGGCCUGACUCCAUUGGACCGCAGCAGGGCUUCGGAGAGAACCAGCCCCAAGCUCUCCACCCCCGACUCCUCCUCGCCCAAGUCCCAGUCUCCCGACCUGUCCGAGGACCUGAAGCCCGCCUUCACCAGCGGCCGCUCAGUCAUCCGCAGGCUCAACAUCACCCUGGAGGGCCAGGUCAUCUCCCCCGUGGAGCCCCGGGCCGACGGCUCGGAGCGCAGGGACCUCAGCAGCAGCUCGGGCCUAGGCCUCAACGGCAGCUCCUCCCGCACAGCCACCAGCGACAACUACAACACCUCCGACUCCACCAUGCUCACGCCGCCCUCCAGCCCUCCUCCGCCCCCGCCUAACGAGUCCCCCGCGGUGGUCCGGCAGCAGAAGCACCAGGUGUCCUGGAGCAACGGCACCCAUCCUUCUCCCCUUCCUGUCGCCAAGCCCGAGGCCGCCGCCCCCGCCGCAAGGGAGCCGGCCUCGACCAAGACCAAGAACCCCGUGCCCUCACCUCGGACCCAGCUCAGCCCCGUGGGGGCGGCCCCCACCCCUGCUCCCAGGACGGCGGUGGCGGUUCCGGCUCCAGUCACCUCCCCGGCCCCGGCUCCAGUGGUGAUGAGGCGGGAGCGGAGCAAGCCGCGGAGGGAGGAGGUCCGGAAGUCGUUUGUGGAGUGCGUGGCGGAGAUCCCGUUCGCCGACGACGUGGAUGAUGCGUACGACGAGAGGACGCCCGACACGACCGCGCAGGAGCGCUUCUACACGCCGCCCACCAGCCGGCCCGGCAGAGACAAGCCACCGCUCCACCUAGCCCUGGCCAUGGAGAACGGCAAGCCCAACAUCCCCGUCGCCGGGCCCCCCGGCCAGGCUUCCAAAGGCCAGAAGGCCACCCAGUUCUCCCCGGAAGCCAAGGAGAUCGCAGAGGAGAGGAUGAGGGCCAGGGAGAAGUCGGUGAAGAGCCAGGCGCUGAAGGACGCCAUGGCCAAGCAGCUGGACAGGAUGAAGGAAUCUGAGGCGGCCAAGGGUGCCGCCGCCAAAGUGGCGUGGAGCGUGUCGCCUUCCGAGAGCGCCGGCAAGGGUGGGAAGUUGUCGAGCUCUCCCAAGACGUCGGCGGUGAAGGCCCUGGAGUCGAAGAGAGCCGAGACUCUCCCCGAGCGCUUCUUCACUAGCAACAAGAGCCUGGACGGCUCGCUGGCCUCCUCGGACUGUUCCUCUGGAGGCAAGAGCAAGAAGCGCAGCUCGCUCUUCUCCCCGAGGAAGAACAAGAAGGAGAAGAAAUCCAAGAGCGACAGCAGGGGCUCGGACAAGCGCGGGACGGACGACAGUCCGCCCAAACACAAGUCUCUGUGGAAAGCCGUCUUCUCCGGGUACAAGAAGGACAAGAAGAAGAAGGAGGACAAGUCCUGCCCGAGCACGCCUUCCAGCUCCACCACGCAGGACUCAGGGAAAAAAAGAACACCACCUCUUGGGAAGUCUUCAGAUCUGCGUUGCCGUAGGAACCUGAGUUUCUCUGAGGACUCGGACCUGUCUUGCGACGAUGUGUUGGAGAGGUCCUCUCAGAAGUCCAAGAUGGAGUCUGUUUAUGUCCCUCACGCCCUGGCGUUCAAGAGAUCGUACGCCACCAAGAAGACGUACACAGAGGAGGAGCUGAACGCCAAGCUGACACGCAGGGUCCAGAAAGCUGCCCGCAGGCAGGCCAAGCAGGAGGAGCUCAAGAGGCUCCACAGAGCACAGAUCAUCCAGCGGCAGCUGGAGCAGGUGGAGGAGAAACAGAGGCAGCUGGAGGAGAGGGGCGUGGCCGUGGAGAAGGCCCUGCGAGGGGAAGCAGACUAUUGGGGAGAGUCUAAUUACAGUGAAUUCCUCGACUUGCAUCUGGGCGUUGAGUCCCAUGUGGGGAGUCCUCGCCGAAGACCUCUGUCCCUCUGCCCCUGCAUCUCUCCCGAAGGGAUGGGGAAGAAGGACGACCCCAAGCUGAUGCAGGAGUGGUUCAAACUGGUCCAGGAGAAGAACGCUCUAGUGCGCUAUGAGUCAGAGCUUAUGAUAUUUGCUCGGGAGCUGGAACUUGAAGACCGUCAGAGCAGACUGCAGCAGGACCUGAGGGAGCGCAUGGCAGUGGAGGACCACUUGAAGUCAGAAGUGGAGCUGGCCGAGGAGAAGCGUAUCCUGGGGGAGAUGCUGGAGGUGGUGGAGCAGAGGGAUUCCCUGGUGGCGCUGCUGGAGGAGCAGAGGCUUCGGGAGAAGGAGGAGGACAGGGACCUGGAGUCCGUCAUGCUCUCCAAGGGCUUCAACCUCAACUGGGCCUGAGGGGGGGGGGGGGGAGCACUUAAUGACUGUGUGACGUUCUCAAACCAUCCUGGCUGUUACUGGAGUAGUCUGGGGUGUUUACAUGAGGUUCCUCGGCCCUGGCGGAUCCUGUCACUGCGUCCGUGCGCUCACCUCAUAGUCUCCGUGCGAUCGGGAGAGACAAAACCCCGGACAGGAACUUCCUCUCCACCGUUACCUGGAGGCUUCCGGAGAAUGUCUUUCAAAUUUGUUAUUUGGAUCCUGAUAAUGCAGAGAGAAGAAGGAAGAGACGGCUAGGCCCUGCUGAUGUACAGCAUUGUAUCUGAUGUGUGCCGAUGUUUCUGUGUGUACACGUGUGGAGCACAGCACAGCAGACGCAUCCUUGGUUGGAUGAGGCUGUUCUGACUGCUACUGAGAACUGCCCUUGAGGGUAGGGGGGGCUUGGGGGGGGGGGGGGGGGUUAGUGUCUCACCUCACUGCCUCUGCUGCCUUGGCGACUGUAUAUGGUGAGAGAGACACCUUCUGCUUUACCUGUCUUUCUUUUCAAUCACAGACUGGCUUCCGUGUUUAAAGUAGCCCAUGAUGAAGGGACUCUGAAAGGCUGCCGUUUCUUUUGUAACCAGUUGGAAAAUCACCCAGAAAAAGCACUGCGUGUCAAAACUAUAGACUGCAGAUUCGUUACUCAAGGAGAUUUUCUAAUUGUUACGCUGUCUUGGACUUGACAGGCUCGCUUGUAGUCUAGACUCUACAUGUACAAAUGGACUCUUCUGACCCUCCGCUGAUGGCUUACUGUGUGGGUUCUUCUUCGGAUGUCACUCACUUUAAUAUCCUUGUUUACUAAGUUUACAAUCAGUUUUCCUUUUUCACAACACACAACGUUUGCAGGGUCAAUAUCUACACCUUAGCUCUAGUUUAUCCGAAUAGUGGAAUGUGAGCACUGUUGAAAUGUUUUCCGAGAAGCUAAUGUUUUUGGUGAAUUAGAGUUUUGGUGUCCCACUGUGUAAUGGUGUUAAUAUUGUGAUAGUGUCAUUCAAACACUGAAGUCUCAUUUAAAGAUGAGAAGUCAGUAAACCAUGCAUCACUUGGGGUGCUGCCAGAUUGUAGAGUCUGGAUAUGCUGCAAUAUCAAAGGGAUAAACCUGAACCACUCACUCUUUUCUGCAGGGCUGCAGUACAUACAGCAUGCGAUCCUGCUGUGGAACAAGAUGCCUUCAUUUUCUUUCUCAGUUACAGUUUCUAAUACUAAUCCUCUGAGUUUAUCACAGUCCUUCAAGGAAUCCAGAUUUCUACAGUUAAUAUUCCCCACUGGAAGUACAAUUUAGAUUUUUUUUAAAAUCCUUUUUACUACAGGUCUUCUGACUGCAGUCUGUAGAUGUUUAGAGGCAGGGGCGCUCUACUUCUUGCACCCUGUCUGAAGAGCAUGUCUAUCUGUUUGGUAUUUACUCUGCUAGCCUUCCUGCCAAACACACAAAUCUGUGGUGGGUUUCUAAUUGUUUCACAGUAGAGGAACAAAGAGAGAAAUCGUGUUUGAGCUGUGAAUAGGCUCCAACACAGUACAGUUUUAAGGAUUGUUGUUUUAGGUGUGUGUGAUAAGUUUGACAGAUUUUUAUUGAUAUUUAUUAACAUUGUGUGCAAAAAUGUAUCAUAUGUAAAGAAAAUGAAUCCUAAUUUUUAAAACCUUAUGUUGACACAUGAUCUGUAUGCUUCAUGUAGCUGAAGUACAUAGGUUGUUGGAUGUAUGCAGAAAAGGCAAUAAAACAAUGCAGUCGUUCUUAAA